UUCUGGACCAGCCCUGUGGGAUGGGCAGAAGUGCUACAGUGGCUCCAUUCAUACCUGCGACAUCAUGUCCAGAGAGUAGUCUUGGGAGAGUGUAUUGGGAGGCCACUGUUUGAAGGAAAGGAAGGGGGGCUCAAUGCAAUCACUUGUCCCCCUCAACACACAUGCUUAGCACUGAUGGGAUACAGAUUUUUUAUUUUUUUGGAGCAGGGGGAUAUCACUGUUAACAACAUUGCUUCCCCCCCCGCCUUGUCCUGAAUUACAUUUUGUACCUUUCACUUAUGCUAUCAGAAGUAAAAUCUUUAACUUUUUUUGGUGGGAAGAACUUCCUUGCUGCACUGAUGCAGAGGGAGAUGCACAACCUUGAAGUCCAUAAAGAACAGAUGUUGCUGCAAAGGGGAGGGUUGGAUUCUUAUUGGCCAGAUGAAAUGCUUUGGGGCCCUCAGUCAAUGGGCCACCAGUUUUCUUUCACUCAGCUUUUUGAACACAAUGGAACACUUGGGGACGGUAGAUACAGAAGAUGAAUCAGGAUCAUUACCACGCCUUGCACCUAGUCCUCAUAGUGAGGCAGUUGCUCAUGAAUUUCAGGAACUCUCCUUGCAACCCAGCCAGUAUUUACCUCCCCUCAAUGAAAGAAAGAACGUACUUCAGCUGAGGCUACAGCAAAGGCGGACAAGAGAACAGCUGGUGGACCAGGGAAUCAUGCCACCUUUGAAGAGCCCAGCUGCAUUCCAUGAGCAGAUAAAGAGCUUGGAAAGAGCCAGGACGGAAAACUUUCUGAAGCACAAGAUACGCAGUAGACCUGAUAGAUCAGAGUUGGUCAGAAUGCACAUUCUUGAAGAAACAUUUGCGGAACCCUCUCUACAGGCAACUCAGAUGAAACUGAAGAGAGCACGAUUGGCAGAUGAUCUGAAUGAGAAGAUUGCUCAGAGGCCUGGUCCUAUGGAACUUGUAGAAAAAAACAUCCUUCCUGUAGACUCCAGUGUGAAAGAAGCAAUUAUAGCAGUUGGUCAGGAGAACUAUCCUCAAGGACUGGAUGAUUUCUCUUUUGAUGAAGACAGCAGUGAUGCUUUAUCUCCAGAUCAGCCUGCCAGUCAGGAAUCUCAGGGCUCAGCAGCAUCCCCUGGCGAGCCCAAAACAAGGGAAGCGCCAUCACCAGUCAUACCAGCUUCCUCUACUAAUCAGUAUCCCACCAUAACAUCAUCAGUACCUGAAUUUCUGAAGCCACCUGUCACAGAUCAGCAAACAACCCGCUCUGCAACUGCUGCUUCUCUUACCACAAAUACCGUCUCUGCAGCAAAACACAGCAGUGGGCCAACACUAAUAAAGCAACCCCACCCCAAGAACCCCAGUGACAAGUCCCGGAGCAAGAAAAGCAAAGAACCAAAGCCCAGAGUGAAGAAGCUGAAGUACCACCAGUACAUCCCACCUGAUCAGAAAGGUGAGAAGAAUGAGCCACAGAUGGACUCCAACUAUGCUCGCUUGCUACAACAGCAGCAGCUUUUUUUGCAACUGCAGAUCCUGAGCCAACAGCAGCAACACUACAACUACCAGGCGAUUCUUCCUGCACCACUCAAGCCAGUGAGUGACAAACAGAGUAACCCUGGGAACACACCACUGAAUACUUUGAGCAAUAGUACCUCUUCAGCAGCAGCCAGCAUGCCAAGACAGAACAAUAAUAUUUCCAACAGAAAACCCGGACCCCUGCCUCCUAGCUUGGAUGAUUUAAAGGUAGCUGAACUGAAAAUGGAACUAAAGCUAAGAGGACUCCCAGUGUCUGGAACGAAAAUGGAUCUCAUUGAGCGUCUGAAACCCUAUCAGGAUCUUGACAAUAAUUCUGUCAGCACAAGUAACACAGUAGCAGUAACCCCUUCCACAAAUGGUACCAGCAAUCCUGGAGAAGUAACAGCAGUAUUCCCUGUUGCUACAUUAAAUAAACCUGCAGCUAGCUCCGUUCCCAGCUUUUCUUCAGAAACAGCGUCUGUUGGAACUGGUAGCAAAUCAACACCUAUGGAAUGCAUCAACUCCCCUUUGCCCAUUUCCCCAUCUCCUUCAGAGCAAUCCAGUCUCAGCACCGAUGACCCUAAUGUGGCAGAGACUUUGACAGAAAUUAUGACCAUGAUGUCCCCAUCCCAGUUCCCAAACACAUCACCUCUCCGAGCGACCACCAACGAGGACAGUCACAGCAGCGGGAACAUGUUAAACAUGGAGCUUGAUGCAGCAGAAAAGGACCGUAAGCUUCAAGAAAAAGAGAAGCAGAUUGAAGAGCUCAAGAGGAAGCUGGAGCAAGAGCAGCAAUUGGUGGAAGUGCUGAAAAUGCAACUUGAAGUUGAAAAGCGGGGGCAGCAGCAGCAACCCCAAGCCUCAGCUAAUAUAGUCUUGACUCUGAAUCAGAAGCAUAUCAAUCCUGCUGUCAAAGAGGAAGGCACUUUAGCAGAUUGCUCUGACGCAAAGCAAUCCGUAUCUGAAGCCAACCAUUCUUUAGGACAACCAGCAUCAGUGGAUGUCCAGAACCUAGUUGCCAAAAAGGCGAUUGUUAUCAAACAGGAAGUACCUUUGGCCAAAGCUGAGCCACAGAAUGUCAUAUCUCAGUUCUAUGUAAGUUCGCAGAGACAGCCACAAACUGCUGUUGUUGCCCAGCCUCAAGCUGUACUUACUGCACAAGGAACAGCACAGCUGCUACUACCGGUCUCUCUCCAAGGUCCAAAUUCAGCCACUUCAGUGCAGCUACCUGUGGGCAAUAUCCAGGCCCAGCCACAAUCUGGCAUUCCAAUCUUGGCACAAGUUUCUACUUCCUCUUGUUUGGCCCAGAAAGUACCACAGAUGCACACGUCGGCAUCCAAAGAAAAUGCUUCCCCACAGCAUGCACUUGGUCAGACCCCACAAAGCAGAAGGGUAUUUCCUCCUACCUCACCAAAUGCAGCGUUUUCCUAUCAGAAUCAGUCUGUUACAACUCUGCAGCAACCUUUGUUUAAUCAGACAUCAAAUACCACAGUUCACUCAGGGAACCAGGUGCCCUUGGUGCAAAAUGGACCCAGUGCGCCUCAGAAGCCUGCCUCCCAGUCUCAGUCCCAACAGUACAUUUUACAACAAUCUCUGUUCAGCAAUUCAGUAACGAAGACGAAAGAUCCUCCACGCUAUGAAGAAGCCAUCAAACAGACACGCAGCUUGCAGGCUUCCCAGCGAGAGAUUUCCAGUGCACACAGCCAGCAAAUGGAUGACCUUUUUGAUAUUCUCAUUAAGAGUGGAGAGAUUUCCAUGCCUACCAAGGAAGAACCUUCUCUGAUUUCCAAAAUGAGACCAGUUACUGCCAAUAUCACCACAAUGCCAGUGAACACAGUGGUGUCUCGUCCACCACCCCAAGUCCAAAUGGCCCCUCCCCUUUCCUUAGAACCAACAAGCAAUUUCUCUAUAUGUCUGGAGAAUCAGCUAGAAGCCCUCUUGGAAGGAACUCUACCGUCAGGGAGUGGAAUGCCUCAAUUGGCGAGUAGUAAUGAGGACAGGGAGUCUUUCUCUCUAAUUGAGGACCUUCAAAAUGACCUCCUUAAUCACUCUGGCAUAUUAGAUCACUCACAAUCGCCUAUGGAAACAACAGAUUCGCAAUUCACUACUUCUAAUGCUUGCUUGUCUCUUGAUCUUCCGGACACAAAUUUAGACAACAUGGAGUGGUUAGACAUUACCAUGCCAAAUGCUUCAUCGGGAUUAACUCCUCUCAGCUCAACUGCUCCAAGUAUGUUUUCAACAGAUUUUCUUGAUCCACAAGAUCUACAGUUGCACUGGGAUUAACUAAAAAGGCAACGCCUACUUGACCAUGGUUUUUAAAGAUCCAUUUACAGUGAUGGUCCAUUGUUUCACUAUCCUUGUUUUCAGGCUAAUCUUGAAAAAUUAUCUUUAGGGUGUAAAAACAAAAUUAUUAAGAAUGUUUCACUAAGCUAAAAGCAUUGUAACCGUAUUGAUUUUUCCCCACUGGCAACCAUUUAAGGGUGGGGAAGAGUGAUAUUGGAUCUUAGUACAUUUUAAAGAGGAAAGCAAAAUGUAUUUGGGCAAAGGCAUAAUAUAACUGCACCUGACUGUUCCUGUAGACAGCCUGAGCCAAGCUUAAGCUGCGUUGUGAAAGCUCCGGCUGCUGAUGGGAUUUGAUGAAAUGGCUGACGCUCUGUAUUUGGAUUGUUUCAUGAGUUUAAAAAAAUCUCUUUCACCUUCCUGGCUUUCAGUUUAAAAAUCUUGAGAAACAAUUACGUCUUAACAUCU